AUGUCUUUUGCAAUUCCUUAUCUAUUCAGAAGCAGCGCUAAAAAGAAAAGAGACAACAAUGCCACCACGCAUCAGUCAUUGCCAUCAACAACACCCGUAACUACAGGGAUUUUACCAACAACGACAGUCGAUUCCUCCUCGUCAGGCAUUAGCAGCGAUAGCGAUAGUAGAGAUCAACCUUAUCCAACAUUGGUUGCCAUGACACAGUCCAGAGGAACACCUUGCUCUCGGAAUCCUUCUCCAACUUCGUCAACAACCUCUCGAUCCCGCCCCACUUCCCUUGGAGCCCAUCCCACAAUGUCAUUAGAACCCGAAGAGUUGGACGAGAAUCGCUUCUAUCGUUACAUACGAUCUCACUUCAACUUGGUCUUCUCACGCUCCACUGUCGUCUGUAUCCCUCAUUCAAGAGCCGUGGAAGGCAUGAUACUCACCAAAGACUUUAUCGAGACACACUCGUACAAUCCAUCACCCUAUUAUCAAGGACAAUUCCAAGCAGCUAACGGCAAAGUGAUUUCUAUUGAACUUCCGAUCAUCAGCACUGUGUCAGGUUUCAAGGAUCCACGUGCAGUCUAUGUGAUGGCUGAGGAAUGGGUUUACAUUGGAAGGAAAAAGAUACGAGUCCUAUUGAUCGACAGAGCUUUGGAAGGUGAUCCUUUGCCUCCUCAACCACGAAGCCCGAAUACUCUCUCAAUCCCAACCGUGCGCAACUCGAAAACUGACCUUGAUUUUCUCAACAUGCUCCCAGAGAACGCUGAAGCAAUGUAUGAGCUACAAAUGGGCGUCCAAAAGUUUGUCAACACCUAUGUCUACAUUCGUGGAUUCAAUCAGUAUACCGUGGAUAAGAUCCAACACAUGUAUGGUAAAGCUUAUCGAACCAUUCUGCAAAAGAAUAGCCGAUUACGAGAAGCAUGUCGGAUCCAAGCUGAGCAUGAUCACUUUUUGGAACUAGUGGAAAACGUUGUCAUGGGGUUCCUGUACGAGAAGAUUUGGGUUCAGUCGUUGCGUGCUAUUUUGCAAUCUCAGGAUAACUACUUGGAUUCCAUAUGCAGGGCUUAUGCUCGGGAGACCAUCACCCUUGAUCGAUACCUUGUGAGCCAUCCUAUGGCCGAUAUGCCAUUAGAGUGCUUUGAGGCUGCUAUCGCUUGUCUUCGCCGAGUGGAUACCGAAACAGAGGGACCGAUUUCGGUGGAUGAUGACAGACUCGCUGCCCCAGUGCUGCAAAAUACAUCGGGUGAUCAGCUGGCAUUCACCCCAUUGGAAAAGCUUGCAUGUGUUCGUAUGACAUUGGACCUGAUCACCGCAGCCGUUUCGGAUUAUAUUCAAAGUACAUCCGUCACUAUGAUCAAAGAUGCCAAAGAAGAUGAUUCACCGGUGACAGCUGAUGAAAUGAUACCAUUGUUUGCAUAUAUCCUUGUACACAGCCGCAUUCCUCGUAUCGCUAGCCUCGCUUUUUAUAUGGAGCAUUUUCGCCUUUCUCUUAUUGAAAGAUCUGAGCAUAGCUUCGUACUUGUCACGCUCAAAGCUGCAUCGGAUUUUCUCAAAGCUGAUCCACUCUCCUUGCAUGAUGCUAAUUCAAGUGUAUCCACACUUUCGACAUCGUCAACUCCAACAGCACUUUCACCAAAAUUACAACAAAAUAUUCGAACACGAUCAACAUCCUUUGGUUCAUCUCCCGUCACCACUCCCCAAGCUAAUGUACCUGGUCCACAAAACUCAUUGCAUUAUCGAUCUGUAUCCAUGUCAUCAGCAGCUGGCACUCCCAGUUUACGGCAUCGUAAAUCACAAAGCGCCGAUCUCCAUAAUAUGGCAGUCGCCGACGCAGCAGCUGUAGAUGAAUAUGAUCGCACCAACAACAAUCGACGCAACUCGUUAACACCCAGUGUCAUUAUUCGUCCCAUUGUUGCCCAACAACAAAACAACAACAACAACAAUCGACGUAGCCUGGAUAUCAGCAAUGAUUGGAUGGUUGGAAAACAUUACCAACACCAUCAUCAAGCACCUAAAAUACCCACCAUCAGCCAUUCACGUCCUAUCAUCUCAACCACCUUUCCCACUAUCUCCAAUUCCACUCCGCUACCAGGUCUCAAUCAAAAGACAACACCAACAUCAUCAGCCGCAUCCUCGUGUCAUGGAGUACCAUCACCCACAGCCAUCACAUCCGAGAAUCGUAAAUUGGCACGCUCUCUCAGCUCCACAUCCUCACUUUAUUGCGGCCAAAAGAUCCACCAUCCCCCAGAAAUCAUCAAUCUACGCAGCAAAGGCCGUCCUGCAUCAAUUUGCAUUGAUCCCCGAUCGAUGCAUCAGGAUAAGGAGGAGGAUGAAGAGGAUGAUCUUGGUGACUUUCUUCGUGGAUUACAAAGCGUGAAUGCUGAUAUCGUUGGAGAACGCUCAGGUGCCUAUCGUGCAGUUCGGCGGCUCUAG